AUGGGUGGAGAGCGCGACCAGCUCGUGGUCGCUGUCGACUACGGAACCACGACUUCUGUGGUUGCCUUUGGCUAUGCUGCACAACAAGACAUAAUCACAGUCGUCGACGAGUAUCCGAAUGUCACUUCGCGACUCACCUGCGAAGUCUACCCAACCGAGAUCGUGUACGACAGCAAUGGCACGGUUCGCAUCGGUCACCAAAUUCAGCAAGACGAACCAAGAUUUCAGUUUUUCAAGCUGGACUUGAACGAGAACAGAGGCUAUGAAGCGUCAUACGUGGCGAAAAAGUACCCCAAUGCCAUGGCCAAACAGCCGACUGCACAGGACAAGAGCGCCCAGGAAAUGACGACCGAUUAUCUCCGUGAGUUGCACAAGAUUACCCAGGCCUACAUCAGCGGCAAGCUUGGAAAGGCAGUCCUUGCCACUACCCAAGUUCAAUACGUUCUUACCGUGCCGGCAAUGUGGAGUGAUAAGGGCAAGGAGCUCACUCGCAGCUGCGCAAGAGCAGCCGGCUUCGGAGCUAGAAUUCACCUCAUUUCAGAGCCCGAGGCUGCGGUGACACACGCUUUGGACGCGAUUCGUAAUUCAAAUUUGAAGACAGGCGACACAUUCGUUUGCUGCGAUGCUGGAGGUGGUACUGGCGAUCUGAUCUCGUACACCAUCGUCAGCCUUGGAAACAGCCAGCCAAUACAGGUCAAGGAGGCCGCUAGCGGAACUGGCGACCUGUGUGGCAGCUCAUUCGUCAACAACAAGUUCCGACAGUGGUUCAUUGAGCGCUUCCAUGGCGAGCCUGGCUAUGAUGAAGACGCACUCGAGGACGCGAUGCAGGAGUUUGAAUUGUUGAAACGUGAUUUCACAGGCGAUGGGGACAAGUUCGUCAUCAGAGUCUUUGGACUCGGCAACAUUCCGGAUAAGAAUAUCAAGAAGAAUCGGCUAAGUCUGACAUUGGCUCAAAUGGAGACUUUCCAUUCCGAUGUUGUCAGCACCCUCACAACUCUGGUGAAGAGUCAGAUCAAAGCAACCAAAUCCGCUGUCAAGGCUGUGCUACUCGUUGGUGGCUUUGGCCAGAGCGAAUACCUGAAACGCCAGAUUCAGAAUGUUGUUGGUCCUGGAGUUGAGGUCAUUCAGCCACCGAAGGGGCAGGUUGCUAUUGCACGUGGUGCCUUGUUGCAGGGAUUCGCUUUGACAAACAGCAAGCCCAGUCGGGUCAUGGUCGGGUCACGCGUCGCGCGGAAGGCUUUUGGCGUGGACUGCAUGAUACCAUUCGAUGCGAGGCUUCAUAAUUCGGCAGAUCGAGAGUGGUGUGAAUACGGUGGUUAUUACAGAGUCAGCGCCGUGGAGUGGUUCGUUCGCAAGGGUGAUGAACUGCGUCAAGAGCGCCCGGUGACUUAUUCGUUCUACAGAUACGGGCUGCAGAGUCAUGGGAAGUUGAAAGAUGCCGCAGACCACAUCCAGGUCUAUGACGACAAGGGUGCAGAGAGUCCUUCCAAGUAUCCUAUCCCAGUCGGUACACGCAAGCACCUCACGAUCCAGUCCAAACUGUCGAGUAUUCCUGUGAGGGCACUGAGAAAGACCACCGGCAGUGAUGGGAAGAAGUACUACCAUCUCGACUACGAAAUUCGCUUCACCUUCUUCUCAGCUCACACUGAGUACUCGCUAUGGUCUGACGACGUCUGCUACGGAAAGGCAGAGGCUGAGUACGAAUGA